AUGAAGGUGGAUAACUCAGCUUUGACAGGAGAAUGUGAUCCAUUGUUGAGAGUGGUUGAAUGCACAAGUGAGAAUCCUUUGGAAACAAAGAACUUAGCAUUUUUUGGAACCUUAUGCAAAGAAGGAUCUGGAUUGGGAAUGGUUAUAUAAAUUGGUGAUAAAACAGUAAUGGGUUAGAUUGCAGAUUUGGCAACUGGAGGAGAAACACCAGAAACACCAUUAAAUAUUGAAUUGAAGAGAUUCGUUAUUUUGAUUUCUUGUAUUGCUGUUGGUUUGGGUAUCUUAUUUUUGAUUCUCUCAUUGGGUUAUACUGCUGUUGGUUAAGCUAUUGGUAUUAUUGUUGCAAAUGUGCCUGAAGGAUUAUUGGGAUGUAUCACAGUUUCUUUGGCUAUCACUGCAAAAAGAUUGGCAGACAAAUAGGUGUUGGUGAAGAAUUUGGAAGCUGUUGAAACUCUUGGAUCAACAAGUUGCAUUUGUUCAGAUAAAACAGGAACUUUGACUUAGAACAAGAUGAGUGUUGAAAAUGUUUGGUAUGAUGGAUUGAAGAGGAGAGCGUUGAAUAAAUUGAUUGCAGGGAAGAAUGCAGAAUAUGAAUAUGAGACUAAUGAUCCUACAUUUAGAGAUUUACAUGAUUGUGCUAUCAUUACUAGUGAAGCCAAGUUUAAUAUUCAAGCUAAAGAUAAAUAAAAUAUCAAUUGGUUGGAUACUCCAACUAUUGGAGAUGCAUCUGAAACUGCUUUGAUCAAGUUCUUUUAACCAAUCGAAGACAUUGAAUUGACAAGACAAAGAAGAUAAUUCGCAGAAUUACCAGAUAAAUCAUUGGCUAAGAUGCCAUUCAACUCAACCAAUAAGUUUUCACUUUGUAUUGUCAAUUGGGAAACUCAAGACUCCUAUUAUUGUGUUUACAUUAAGGGAGCACCUGAAAAAUUGUGGACAUUUUGCAGUUACCUCUUAGUGGAAGGUAGAAAUCAAGCUAUUGAUGAAUAAAUUACUUAGAAAUUCAAAUAAGUCAACUUAACUUUUGGUAAAGGUGGAGAAAGAGUGUUAGGAUUCGCAAAAUUGCACUUGCCAAGAGCUGAAUAUCAUAAGGGAUAUUAAUUCAAUUUAAAUUCAGUUGACACACUCAAAUUUAAAUUGGAAAAUUUCACUUUCUUAGGUCUCUUAUCUUUGAUGGAUCCUCCUAAAGUUACUGUACCUCAAGCUAUCAAAAAAUGUUAAUCAGCUGGUAUUAAGGUUAUUAUGGUUACUGGAGAUCAACCACCCACAGCAGGUGCUAUUGCUAAAUAAAUUGGUAUCAUCACUGGUAAGACUGUUGAUGAUCUUUUGGAUGAAAAUCCAUCAAUGGCAUAUGAGGAAGCUUUUAGACUUGCCCCAGCAAUUGUUAUUCAUGCAGCUCAAGGUGAAAAUUUACCUGAAGAAAUGAAAGACAGAAAACUUAGAAGUUGGUGCAGUAAACCUUAGGUUGUAUUUGCUCGUACAUCUCCAGCAUAAAAAUUGAUGAUUGUUAGAGCUUGUUAAUAUUUGGGUCAUGUAGUCGGAGUUACAGGAGAUGGGGUCAAUGAUUCACCAGCAAUCAAAUAAGGUGACAUUGGUAUUUCAAUGGGUAUCAGUGGAUCUGAUGUUACUAAAGAUGCUGCAGAUAUGAUCUUAUUGAAUGACGACUUUGCUUCAAUUGAAGAAAAGAUAUUCGACAAUCUUAAAAAAACUAUCGUCUAUCUUCUUACAUCCAAUAUUACUGAAGUGUUCCCAUACGUAGGUGAAAUCGCUAUUGGAUUACCCCUUCCAUUGAGUAAUGCCUUUAUUCUCACCAUUUGUAUUGGUACUGACAUUCUACCUGCUAUUUCUUUUGCUUAUGAGGAGGCUGAAAUUGAUAUCAUGACUCGUAAACCAAGAAAGAAGGAUGACCAUUUAGUGUCUCUUAGAUUGAUCACUCAUGCCUAUCUGUUACAAGGAGUCAUAGCCACAUCUGCAGGAUUCUUUAGUUAUUUCAGUACAAUGAAUGAAUAUGGAUUCCCUCCAAAGCUCAUUCUUAGUUUUAUGAAUACACCAUACUAGCAAAUCCCAUGGGCUCCAAUUACUCUUGCAAAUGGGCAACCAUAUGCUCCACCUCCUACAAGUUGGGUUUGGGAUAUGCCUAAUAUGAACAAUCCAUUCUUAACAUAGCAGCCUUACAGUCCUAAUUGGUAAAUGGCACCAGUAUUGGUUCCCCCAUCAGAAAAUCAGAUUUAAGAUACAGUUGGUUUCUAAAACAUUCCAUUGAAUUGGAUUAAUCCAGAACUCAUCUAUUAUGAUUUGAGAUACAUCUUCGUUACUUAUAAUUCCACAUCCAAUAGAUGGUUCCCUGUGUUUGAGGAAUGGAACAACCAAUUUUCUGAUCAAUUGUGCAGAUACUUUGAUAGAUCAGAUUCACUUCUUGAAGGAUCUGGAUAUCCAAUCAAUACAAAUGCUUGCUUCAAAACUGCUGCUCUUAAAUAUGCCUAAACCUCUUACUUCGUUGCUGUCGUCUUGGUCUAAUGGUCCAAUGUGUUCUCAUGCAAAUAACGUAAGAUGUCUUUGAUCUAUUCUCCUAUCAAUAAUGUCAUGUUUUAUGGAGUCAUCCUUGAAACCAUCAUUUUCCUUUGCAUCGUCUACAUCCCAGGAGUCAAUACUUGGUUCGGUGCCAGACCAGUCGAUAUACUCAAUUUGGGUAUGCCUGGCCUCCCAUAUUCCAUGUGUCUAUUUUGUUGGGAAGAAAUGCGUAAAUACUUCAUUAGAAACUUCUAAAAGCCCAGUAAAUACGAACCAAACUUCUUUGAAGCAAACUCGCUAUGGUGAGUAAAUUGUAGUGAUAUUAAUAUUAAAUAAUAAAAUUACAUCAAAUUUAUAAAUUAAAUAACUC